ACAAUAUUUUUGGGGGUAUUAAAAAUAUUAUUCACAGCGUUUUACAUAGUACAAUGAUUCUCUACACUAUACAUUACUUAUUUUGUCAAACUGAAAUUAGGCGAACUAUUAGAGAAAUUAGGCGAACUAUUAGAACCAGGAAACGUAAAACAUACAGGAAUGUGGAAAAACUACAGAAGCAAAGUUAAAAACAAACAGAUCCACAUUCCUAUUACGAGUUACACCUGCCAAGAGGCAUGUACACAUAUUCAUUUAAAUGCAACUUUACAUAUUGCAAAAAUCUCUUACCCAUUCUAAUUGUUCAAGAGGCUUUGUGAGUUAAUGAAGUACAAUUCUGAAUGUACUCUUUUAGCCCAUUGAGCUAAAGGGCUGUUAGUUGAUACUGUAGGUAGCAUAUGUCAGCAAUCAUAUUGAAAUGUGAUGCUCUCUUUUGUGCAGGGAAAACUCCCCAGCCACCACCGCAGCCUGUCCUUUAGACAGAGGUUUGAUCAAAUCUGAUGAGGUUUUCCAAGACAAUUGCUGCAAAAGGGAGAUAUCAAACUUAGAAGUCUACUGCACAAACUCCCCCAACUGCUCCCACAGAAUGACAUUAUGUCGGUUGCAGGAGCAUCUACAGGCAUGUCAGUUUGAGUCAUUGCAGUGUUCCAAUACAGACUGCAGUGAGUUCUUGCAACGCAAGGAUUUGCAGGAGCACCUCAGAAUCAGCUGCUUCUAUCGUAUGGAGCGCUGUCAUUACUGCACGCAUUCUUACACAUGCUGCCAACUCAAGGAACAUGAGAGGUAUACAUGCCCAGAGGUUGAAAUCAAGUGCCCCAACAAAUGCUCCUAGAUGAUUAAAAGAUGCAUGCUUGAAGACCAUGCUGACCAGUGUCCUGAGGUGCAGACGGACUGUGUUUAUAAGAAAUAUGGCUGCUCUGUCCGGGAGAGGAGAGCCCAAGUUAAAGUUCACAAAGAAACCGCUCUCAAUCACCACAUCCUCCUGGUUCUGGGGAGCAACACCAAGCUGGAGACACAGAUGGAAAUCCUCCAGCAGGAGGUACUGCUGAGGCACAAGGAGCUCCAAGAGAGGAGCCGCCAAGUCAGCGGUCUGGAGGAGGUGGUCCGCCCGCUGGCCCAGCAGGUCAGCCGAAGUGACAACACCCUGUCUGCAGUACAGGGCUCUCUGGAGGACCAGAGGGACCACAUCUCCAGCAUCCAGCUCCAGCUCGAGGAGCUGUCCAGUGUGUUUGGCCAUGGUGUGGCCCGGGAGGAACUGGGCCAAAUCAGAGUGUCCCUGGAUGCCCUCAGACAGCAGGUGUCCGUCACGGAGGGGCUCAAAGACCACCUGGGGGAGUUGAAGGAGACUUGCAUGCGCCACUCGCGCCUCCUCAGCAUCCACACGGCGCAGCUGGAGUGCAACGAGGAGCACUUCAGAGAGCUCGAGUCCUCCUCGUACGACGGCAAGCUUAUCUGGAAGCUCCGCGACUACCGCAAGAAGGAGGCCGGGGCACGAGGCCAGGGACCGUGCCUAAGCAGCGCGCCCUUCCACAUGGGCCGCAGCGGCUACAAAAUGGCCGCCAGGGCCUACCUGAACGGCGGCGGGGCAGGCCGGGACACCCACCUGUCUCUCUACGUGGUCCUCAUGAGGGGCGACUUCGACCCCCUCCUGCCCUGGCCCUUCAGACAGCCUGUGUCAUUGUCAGUGCUGGAUCAGAGCAGCACCAACAACCACCUAGCUAUGAGUUUCAAACCCGACCCGGAAAACACUAGCUUCCACCGGCCCGGCUCGGCCGCUGCAAACGCCAGCGCCCCCACCAACGUGGCCUCUGGUUUCCAGUGCUUUGCCUCGCAUGCCCAGCUGGAGACGCCCAAGAACGCCAUCUAUGUGAGAGACGAUACGCUCUUUGUUAAGGUCAAAGUGGACACGAGCGGUUUGGAGGACUUAUAGAGGGGCCUUAAAGAACUGGUUUGAGAUCAUUUCAAAAACAGUUAGCUAAUGUUACAAAGCUCAGUGCAGGCCAAGGCCUCAGAUGUACUCCAAAUUGAGCAAAGUAAGCUUGCAGAAAUAGUGUCAGCAAGUCCAUGCUGUUUUCUCCCAGAUACUUAAAUCAUAAAGCAAUACAGAAAUUGCAGUGAAGUAUUUACAUUUAGUAUUUCUUUAGCCUUGUCUGCAGACUGCUUGUAUGUGCUCACUGAGGAUUCAAGUGUUAAUGCUGCCCAAAUAUAUUAUAUUGAAUAAUAUUUUUUUUAUUAAAGUCCUACAAUCAGA